AUGCCGCACUCUACAAAUCGCCGGGCUGCGCGUGGGCCCAACUCUCACCGAAACAACAUCAAAAGAGAUCCCGACUCCAGCACCGACUCAACAUCACUUGAUGAUUCCGGAACUUUCAACAACACAGAUCGCAGGAGAGGCACUUCAAAUACAUCAAACUUUGGUGGCAGCUCGACCUACUUAGCCGUCGACCAGUCCUUCUACCGCCAGGGGCGCUCUGAUGCACCAACGCCCAGUGAGCGUAUCACAGAGCCAGAACCGCUGCUGCGGGAAAUGAGGAUGCGUGCCCCUACCAGCGCUGCCGCUGAGAGUCCCACCAGCGUGGAUCCUGGCGAGUCCUUCUUCCACACAUCGUUCCAGGAUAUCGGCAAGAAGCUCAAGGCCUGCAACGACACGCUCGGUGAGCUUCAGCAGCUUGGUGUCUCUCACGAUGUGCAGCUCCCAGAGCUUGUCCUCGUCGGCGACCAGUCAGCCGGCAAGUCCAGUCUGAUGUCGGGACUGGCCAACCUUGAGCUUCCACGGAGUGAAGGCACUUGCACCCGCUGCCCACUGCACAUUCGUGUUUCUCGAAACAACGAUUGGUCUUGUCGCGUGUGGCUGCGUAAGGAGUACUCCUACCAACCUCCAAAUGGGCGAUCCAUCACCGAAUCUGAUGUCACGGAUGAGGAUCCCUUCUACCCUUGGCGCAAGCUUCCUGUCUCCGUUGUUCACGAGUUCAAGACCAUGCAUGAAAAGAACGAGAUCGAAGACGUUCUCCGCUGGGCCCAGAUAGCCAUUCUCAACGACGACAAAAGCCACAAACUCUUCGUUCCUGGCUCUGGAUCCAUCGCUAUGAAUACCCCGAUCGCUAAGGCAGCUGAUGAGGUGACGGCCAAGUUUUCGCCCAAUAUUGUUGCUCUCGAAAUCAAGGGCCCUGAGCUUCCUGACUUGUCUUUCUAUGACAUGCCUGGCAUCUUUCAAAACCCUGCCGACGCUCGGGACGAUUACCUUGUCAACGUUGUUCGGAACCUGUCCAGGGAAUACAUCAAACACCCAUCCGCCAUCAUUCUUUGCUCCAUGCCCAUGAACAGCGAUGCCGAAAACUCAUCCACUUUUGGGCUCACCCGCAAACUGGGCGCAUUGAAACGAACUAUCGGUGUGCUGACCAAGGCGGAUCUCAUUCCCGAGGGCGGUAACCAUGACCAGUGGUUAUCUAUCAUGAAUGGCGAAGCUCAUCAGACUGGUCUUGGUUAUUUCAUCACUUCACGGCCCCAAGGCAAGGACCUUGAUGAACUGAAAGCGUGGGAGGAGCAUGUGUUUGAGGACCACUCGUUUGAGAGAUGGCCAGCUGAGUUCCAUUGCUUCUUUGCGCGAUGUGGCAUCGAGAGACUCAAGGCAUUUCUGUCGGAGCGACUAGGAGAAGAGUUUGCGAAGAGCCUUCCCAACAUCAAGUCCACCCUCAAACACCACCUCGACAAGAUCAACGGCCAACUCAGCAAACUCCCAGAGCUACCGAUGAACGUUGAACUCGAAGUGCAGACUGGCGUCAUGGAGUUUGGUGAACAUGCCCGAUCCGAGCUGCGGCCUGCUGAGUUCUCGAAGCGGUUCGGUGCUCUCCCUGACAACUUCCGUGACUGCCUCCUCGAAAUGAAGCCCAAGUUUACCCUCAAAGAUGCCAGCGACUCUCCUGUGGUCGAGAUAUCCGAUGAUGAAUCAGAUGCGGGAUCUGCUACGACGGGCGUCAUGACACCCACCUCUAAGCGACGUAAUAUGGGGCCUCCAACUACUCCGGCGAAGCGACAACGUAUGGAGCAAGCGGCCAAUGGAAACAAUCACAACGUCCAAAACGGAAACAAUGGAUACAUCAAGCCAGAGGAAGGGAGAGGCAGUCUCCCUCCCAGACCUUCUCCGGCCGCACGACGAGCUCAAUUUCCCGAACCUUUUGCCGCCUUCAGCGGCGUUGGACGAGGGUUCCGGACACUACGCCAGGUACGGGAUGAGAUCAAAGCCAAGACUCGGGCCGGCAUGCCGGACAUCAUUACUGAAGAAGUCUACAAUGACCUUUGUCGCGAAGCUAUAAAGCCAUGGGACGGGCCGAUGAAGGCAUUCCUGGAUCAGAUUAUGCGUCUACUCUCCAACCUACUGGAAGCAGCCCUCAAGAAGUCCUUUGACCGCCUCAGCAAGCGUCUGAUCUACCAGGAGUCUCGGAAACUGCUGAGGGGGUACUUGGAGGAGCAACGCGGGGAGACUCUCAUCGCUCUCGCAGGUGUAUAUCGCCUGGAGACAUUUGGCCUGUUCACCAUCAAUCGCGAGGCCUUCCACGGAUGCCGCUCGGCUGAAGGGAUCCUCUUGAUCCGCUACCGCCACGAAAUGCGUAUGAAAGCCCAUGGGUAUUCCGAUGGGCGAGCACCAGAUCCAUGGGAGAGUCUAACGGAGGAGAAGCGAGCCCAAGACAAGAAGCGACGCGAAGCUGAUGUCGUCAAGAUUGGCCCCGAUCCGUUCGAGCGAGAGCUUGAGGUGAUUGCUUACGUUAGAGGCUACUAUCGCCUCGCGGCGCUUCGGUUUGCUGACUCAGUGGCGCUGCAAAUUACGAACGGCAUGAUUCCCCAGAUUCAAAGGCAGCUGCCGUAUUAUCUGGAUGAGAAGCUGGGCCUUCGGGGGCCGGACGCCGCUAAGAUCUAUGAGCGGCUCAUGGCGGAGGACGAGGCCACGGCGACGAAGCGAGAGACGCUCAAGGGAGAGCGGGAGAAGUUUGUCAAGGCGCUGGCCAGUAUCGAGGGGCUGGAGACGGGAGCCGACAACAACGAAUUCUCGCAGGAGGAGUCGUAUGAACCGCAUGAGACUGAGCAGACCGAUGCCAUGAUGAGCGGCGCGAUCCAGGAGGAUGGCGGAGAGGCAUAA